AUGCUACAUUUAGAGAUUAGCAGUGACGACGAUCAACCGGUUAGAUUCAAGCGAGCCAACUUGGAAGCAGAAGCAUUUGAGUCACGCAGGAUAAUGAGUUCAAAUAAUGCUAUCAUGACCAUGAAAUCUUCUAUCCCAAAGCUUAGCCAGAACCGAAGCAAGAGCAUCAAAAUAUGA